AAUCGGUAUACUAAUAAUACCUAAUUCCAUUCGUUCACGUUCAUCCAAACCAUACAUACCUACCUAUCAACAUCUUCGAUCCUUCCGAAGCAACCAUCAACCCCCCUUCGCUUACACCAGCAAGCGCCUGGCCUACAAGUUGACCCAAUCAUCCUUACUCCCCGCAAUAUUUUCUCGACAAUCACUCGACAAACGUCACUUUUUAUUCAGGGGGGGAAAUCCAGAGAGAAAAAAAAGUUUACGUCUGGUCCAAGCAAAAUAGCAUGUCGUCGCCGUUGAAGAAACAGCCUGAGGCUGUAGCAGAUAAGGUUCUCAAGCGAGUGGAAGUCAGCAAGAUCGCCCGAAGAUUACAGGGUCGGUUGGCUCUAGCACAAUUUAAGACAAAGCACGGAUGGGAAGACUUGACACUCGAUACGAUCGAGCCCAAGAUCGAAGAGGAGAUUCGACGCAGACGCCUCGUCGACGGCGAUGUACUCUCCGACUCCUCGUCCAGCACGUCAGAGCUGCCUUACCCUAGCAGCAGAACUACACUCAUGAGCUCCCCGCUCAAGGCCCCUCUCUUUUCAGACGCCAUUGGAUCCAGCAACGGUAGUACAGGUCAUCGAAAACGCACAUACAACAUGGCUUCGUUUGAUAUAACUAUGUCGAGUCCAACCAAGCGAUUCCGUACCUCACCCACGGCAUACAAAUCUUUCGAGUCUCCACAUAGGUCAUGGAAAGCACAUCGUCAACUGACCCAGUCUUCUCCUACCAAGCCACGAAGGCAGCAACACUUUACAACUUCUACGGGGCCUGAUGUGUCAUUUUUCCAAGGUUCCCGCCGCCCCUCAGUGGAUUUUACUGCACAAAAUUUUGCAGCACAUUCAGACGAUGACGACGACCUAUUACCCGCACAUUCGUUCAUGGUUAACCAUGGCCUUGACCACAAUCGGACAUCACCCCCUCGAACACCGCCUAUGCGUAGUAGAUCGAUAAACCGCCGAAAUAAAGAUAGGGGUAUGGUAAACGGUGAGAAGCCGGAAGAAGGCGCAGAUCUGUUGCUAUAUCUGGCAGCAUCUCCCUCACCGGCAGUACAUUCGACUAAGACUCGAAUGGAGCCUCCCUCUACGCCACCUCAGAAGAAAGACCUCGCAUUGCCGUCGUCGAUGAUGACAACCCCCGGAGGUGGCACCCUCUUCCCCACUACACCAGGCCAACCCUUUGACAUGUCAGAUUUUGUCAAUAUCACACCCAGCCCUGCGCAGAAGCCGUGGAAGACACCGCUGUCGCUUAAGACGCCUACAGCAAAGACGCCACUAAGCGGGGCAAGACGACGAUUAACGUUUGAUGACCCAGCACUUGGGCUAUAAAGCUGCCUCAGCUAUAUGCCUAAUCACUUGCACUUUACGUCGGGAAAAAUAUGUACCUACGAACGACGUUACAUUCUUUUUUUUUUCACUUCUA